AAAGAGUGGCUUUAUGCUUUUGCACUUUGAAGGUGUGAUUUAGGCGGCUCCAACCUCAGGAACCACCAGUAAUUACUCUGUGCUUUUAUUCACACAAUAUAUUCAUGCAGGCAGUCGUGAUCUCAUUGAAUGCAUACGUUCACGGGUUACAGCAAUAACACCCGAGUGCUUGUUGUAUUCCAGCGUUCUAAGACCUGUGCCUAGAUUUCCUCUUUUAACCCUCACUGCAAUCCCAUGACACAGGCGCUAUCAUUCAUUUCUGCCGCCCGGAGUUUUUUGAGGGACUCGGUGGCUUCCCCGGAAAAAGAUUUCUUUGCUUCGGUCUGAAACUACCCGUCUUCGGACUUUUUUGAUGGUUAUCAAACUGUGCAAAGCAUCACCAGGCUGCUGCGACGGGAACCAACCUGGCAAGUCAGGCUGUCGCGGCACCGGCGUGAUUCCCGGGAAAAAGGGAAUGGAGAACCUCUCCGGCGCGCAGGGUGAAUGGACAAAGGAUUUUACCGCACAGAGAUAGGAGAAUGCGAAUAAAAACAUGCAGGAAGCCCAGGAAACGCACAUCUCCAACCACUUAGAUGAGGUCGUUGCUGCCGUCAGCAUCGCACCUGGAAAGAAGGUCCCCAGCAAGCUGCCUCAGACGCUGCUCUUCCAGCCCCCGCGAGAGAAACUCCACCUCUGCGAAGAGAAAGCCAAGUCCUAUUCCAGCAGGCACGAGUACAAGCAGGCGAUCCCAGAGCUCGUGCGCUGCGUGGCGUUGACACGGAUCUGCUACGGCGACUGCCACUGGAAACUGGCGGAGGCUUACGUCAACCUGGCUCAAGGCUACCUCCGGCUGAAAGGACUGGCACGCCAGGCCAAACAACACGCAGAGAAAGCCAAAGAAGUCCUCGCCGACUCCAUUGUGCCUCCUGGUAACGACAACACAGAUGUUUUCCGCUGUUCCAUCGAGCUCUUCCACACCAUGGGGAGAGCCUUACUCUCCCUUCAAAAAUUUAAGGAAGCUGCAGAGAACUUGACGAAAGCAGCGAGGCUUUCGAAGGAGCUGCUGCAAUGCGGGAGGAUUGUGGAGGAAGAAUGGAUGGAGAUUCAGGCGCAGGUCAAGCUGUCCUUCGCACAGUUGUAUCAAAGUCAGAAGAGAUCAAAAGAAGCUCUGCCCCACUACCAAGAGGCUUUAGAAUAUACUGAGAUCAGCAAAGGGGACAACAGUCUGGAGUGCGUGCCAGUCCUGAGGGAGCUGGCAGGUGCAGAGCAGGCCCUGAAGCAGCACGACACGGCCAUCGACCACCUCUUGCAGGCGCACCGCAUCGUCCUGAGCGGGGAGCCGUCCGAAGAGGAGGCAGCGGUGUCCGCGCACUGGGUCGCCCGCGCUGCCCUCGCUUCUGGGAGGCCGGAGCACCACGAUGUGGCGGAGCAGCACUUCCAAGAGAGCCUGGACAAGCUUAAGGAUGCCGAGGGGACGGGGAAAGCCAAGUUUCUCUCCGUUCAAGAUGAAUAUUGCCAUUUUCUCCAAGUCAGUGGGCAAGAAGAGAGAGCAGCCUCGAUCCUGAGAGAGUCCCUGGAGGCCAAGGUGGGGGUGUUCGGCGACCUCAGUCCCGAGGUGGCAGAGACGUACCGGCUCCUGGGCGAGGCCGAUCUGGCACAGGGGAACCUCGGCGCAGCCCACAGGAAACUGAGCAAGUGUCUUCAGAUCCAGACCGUCUUAUACGGAGCGCAGGACAAGAGGACCCUGGCCACGCAGCAGUCCAUGGACGUCCUGUCCAAGGCCCCGGACGUGGCCGGGAAGCUGCGACAGGCCCUGAGAGCCAGACCAGCCUUCUGCACUGGAGCGGCCCCGCCCCCCACGCUGGGGAAGGCGAGGCCCCAAGCAGUGGACUGAGAUCCCGCCUCCCCGCGGCCAGAGCUGCGGUUGCGCCCGGGUGCAGGACACACGUCUCUCCAGCAGCAAGAGGGAGUCCUCCGCCAGCCGCUGUGCGGGUUUCCCAGGCUGGCUGUGCGCUGCAGUGGAUGCCCUCCUCUCCCCUGCCCCGGGGGACAGGAACGAGUGGACAGCCGCUGACCUCUCAGGGUGAGCUGGUGCUUCUGUAAAGCAUUUUUUAAAGCCACCCGAGUGGUUCUUCUUGCCAACGAAAACUUGCACCCAUCAGCACUGCCGCGGCGGAAAAGCUGCUCCGGAAAAGUUCAGUACUUCCCCUGCAGGAAAAGAGUCCCAGCAUCCCACCUUCCUCAUACACCCCUUCCCACAGGUCAGAGGUCAGAACUGCAGCAGCUCAAUCCUGGGGAAAGCCCUUUCCCAGAGGAAGGUAACAGGGAUUGAGAAUAAAAUGCUAAUAAAAGGAAG